AUGACACGAGCUCUGGAGCGGGCUGAGAAGACGGAGGUUUUGAGCGAAGAUCUCCUGCAGGUGGAGAAGCGCCUGGAGCUGGUGAAGCAGGUCUCCCACAGCACCCACAAGAAGCUGACGGCAUGUCUGCAGGGCCAGCAAGGUGUGGACGCCGACAAGCGCUCGAAGAAGCUGCCGCUGACGACGCUGGCGCAGUGCUUGAUGGAGGGAUCGGCUGUGCUGGGUGACGACUCUCUGCUGGGGAAGAUGCUGCGGCUGUGCGGGGAGGCGGAGGACAAGCUGGCUCAGGAGCUCAUCCACUUCGAGCUGCAGGUGGAGAGGGACGUCAUCGAGCCCCUUUUCGUGCUGGCCGAGGUGGAAAUCCCAAAUAUCCAAAAGCAGAGGAAGCACUUGGCGAAGCUCGUGCUGGACAUGGACUCCUCCAGGACGCGGUGGCAGCAGUCUGCGAAGUCCUCGGGUUUGGCCAGCAACCUGCAGCCCUCGGGCGCCAAAGCCGACGCUCUCAGGGAGGAGAUGGAGGAGGCGGCCAACAGAGUGGAGAUUUGCAGGGACCAGCUCUCGGCUGACAUGUACAAUUUUGUGGCCAAAGAAGUAGACUAUGCAAACUAUUUUCAAACUCUGAUCGAGGUGCAGGCAGAGUACCAUCGGAAAUCCUUAGCGCUUUUGCAGAAUGUCCUGCCUCAAAUUAAAGCCCAGCAGGAGGCGUGGAUGGAGAAGCCCUCCUUCGGGAAGCCCUUGGAGGAGCACCUGGCCGUCAGCGGGCGGGAGAUCGCCUUCCCCGUGGAGGCAUGCGUGACGAUGCUGCUGGAGUGCGGCAUGCAGGAGGAGGGUCUCUUCCGAGUGGCUCCCUCAGCCUCCAAGCUGAAGAAGCUCAAGGCCGCCCUGGACUGCUGCGUGGUGGACGUGCAGGAGUACUCGGCCGACCCGCACGCCAUCGCAGGAGCCCUCAAGUCCUACCUGCGAGAGCUGCCGGAGCCCCUCAUGACGUUCGAGCUGUACGAGGAGUGGAUCCAGGCAUCCAACAUCCCGGAGCAGGAGAAGCGGCUGCAGGCUCUCUGGAGCGCCUGCGAGAAGCUGCCCAAAGCCAACUACAACAACAUCAGGUACCUGAUUAAAUUCCUGGCCAAGCUGACCGAGUACCAGGACACAAAUAAAAUGACGCCGAGCAAUGUGGCCAUCGUGCUGGGGCCCAACCUCCUCUGGCCGCAGGCGGACGGGAACAUGACGGAGAUGAUGACGACCGUCUCACUGCAGAUCGUGGGCAUCAUCGAGCCGCUCAUCCAGCACGCCGACUGGUUCUUCCCCGGAGAGAUCGAGUUCAACGUGACAGGCAACUACGGCAGCCCCAUGCACGUCAACCACAAUGCCAACUACAGCUCCAUGCCCUCCCCGGACAUGGACCACGCGGACCGCCGGCAGCACGACCAGGCGCGGCGGCCCCUCAGUGUGGCCACGGACAACAUGAUGCUGGAAUUUUACAAGAAGGAUGGCCUUAGGAAAAUCCAAAGCAUGGGCGUCAGGGUGAUGGACACCUCGUGGGUGGCUCGCCGAGGCACCGCAGUGGUGCGCAAGGCGUCCUCCACCCCGCCGGCUGCUCAGCCCCCCGCGCCGCCCGCCGAGCUCCCCGCCGCGCCCCACUCGCCCAUUCCCGAGCAAUCGCCGGAUAUUUCAGCUACCCCUUCCCCGCCUCCCACCAGCUUCGGCUUCCCCCCGGGAACCGAGCGGACAAGGAAGAUGGCGAUGUAUUCAGAAGGUGGCAACAUCCUUGGGAAGUUGGCUGUGUCCCCAAGAAGGUGGCAGUGUCCUCGGGAGGGUGACAAUGUCCCUGGAAAGGUGAUGAUGUACUCGGGAAGGUGGCAAUGUCUGCUCCGUUUUGAGGUCCCCUCCCUCCACGUCCCCCCGGAUGCCACCCUGCGCCGGGACCUGACGGAGGCACCGCAGAGACUCUUGGGGCCAGGCCCGGCCACCCGGCAGGAGGAGGAGGAGGAGGAAUCGGAGAGCACAGCCCUAUGA